AUGGCAACCGCGGCCAUGGAGAACCUCCAGAUCUCCAAGACCAAGGAGCUCAAGGGGACGGAGAAGCGAGACUCCCUCAUCGCCAUCGAGAAGAAAUACCAGGCCAAGUGGAAGGAGGAUGGCGUCUUCGAGCCGGAUGCACCGUCGACGGCCGAGGUGCCCCUCCAUUCGAUCCCGGCGGCCCAGCUGCGCGAGGAGCAGCCAAAGUGGUUCGGAACCAUGGCGUUCCCCUACAUGAACGGCACCCUACACGCCGGCCACUCCUUCUCCGUCAGCAAGGUCGAGUUCGGCGCCGGCGUGGCCAGCAUGCAGGGCAAGCGGGCCCUGUUCCCCAUGGGCUUCCACUGCACGGGCAUGCCCAUCAAGGCGUGCGCCGACAAGCUGGUCAACGAGAUUGCCAUGUUCGGCAAGGACUUCUCCGGCUUCAACCCCGACGAUGCCGCCCCCGUCGAGGACAAGAAGCCGGUCGCCAAGCAGGCCAGGGAGGACCCCACCAAGUUCACGGCCAAGAAGGGCAAGGCCGCGGCCAAGACGGUCAAGAUGCAGUACCAGUUCCAGAUCAUGCAGGCCGUGGGCGUGCCCCUCGAGGACAUCCACCUCUUCGCCGACCCCCAGCACUGGCUCGAGCACUUCCCGCCUCUGACGAUGCGCGACCUCACCAACUUUGGCUGCCGGGUCGACUGGCGCAGGAGCUUCGUCACCACCGACGCCAACCCUUACUUUGACGCCUUUGUGCGCUGGCAGAUGAACCGCCUCAAGGAUCUGGACAAGAUCAAGUUCGGCAAGAGGUACACAAUCUACUCCAUCAAGGACGGCCAGCCCUGCAUGGACCAUGACCGCUCCGAGGGCGAGGCCGUCAACCCCCAGGAGUACACGGCCCUGAGGCUCAGGGUGCUGGAGUGGGCCCCCAAGGCGGCCGAGGCCCUCGAGGGCAAGGUGCCCGAGGGCGCCAACGUAUACCUGGUGCCGGCCACCCUGAGGCCCGAGACGAUGUACGGGCAGACCUGCUGCUUCGUCGGCCCCAAGAUCACCUACGGUGUCUUCAAGGCCAACGAGACCGACUACUACGUCGUGACGGAGCGCGCCGCCCGCAACAUGGCGUACCAGGGUGUCUUCGCCAAGGAAGGCGUCAUCGACAAGGCCGCCGACGUGGUGGGCUCCGACAUGGUGGGCUCCCUGGUCAACGCUCCCCUCUCGGUGCACAAGGACGGCGUGAGGGUCCUGCCGAUGGAGACGGUCCUCCCGACCAAGGGAACCGGUGUCGUCACGUCGGUGCCGUCCGACAGCCCCGACGACUGGGCCACGGUCACGGAUCUGGCCAAGAAGGCGGACUACUACGGCAUCAAGAAGGAGUGGGCGGAGCUCGAGGUGCCCGCCAUCAUCGACACGCCCUCGUACGGCGAUCGAUGCGCGCCGUUCCUGGUCCAGAAGCUCAAGAUCGCGUCGCCCAAGGAUGCCAAGCAGCUGGAGGAGGCCAAGGAGCUGGCGUACAAGGAGGGCUUCUACCAGGGCACCAUGGUCGUGGGCGAGUUCAAGGGCGAGAAGGUCGAGGUGGCCAAGCCCAAGGUGCGCAGGCAGCUGAUCGAGGCGGGCGAGGCGUUUGCCUACUCGGAGCCGGAGAGGAAGGUGGUCAGCCGGUCGGGCGACGAGUGCAUCGUGUCGCUCAUGGACCAGUGGUACCUGGACUACGGAGAGGCGUCGUGGAAGGAGACGGCGCUCAAGUGGGUGGAGAAUGCCGACGGCAAGGGCCUCGAGACGUACAUCCCGGAGACCAAGAACAGCUUCGAGGGCGUGCUCAACUGGCUGAACCAGUGGGCGUGCGCGCGCUCGUUCGGGCUGGGCUCGAAGCUGCCGUGGGACACGCAGUUCCUGGUGGAGUCCCUGAGCGACUCGACCAUCUACAUGGCCUACUACACGAUCGCGCACUACCUGCACAACGACAUCUUUGGCCGCGAGAAGGGCCGGGGCAACAUCGGGCCCGAGCAGAUGACGGACGAGGUGUGGGACUACAUCUUCUGCCGGCGCGAGCUGGGCGACGACGUGCUCGGCGCGUCCAAGAUCCCGCGCGGGACGCUGGAGAGCAUGCGGCGCGAGUUCGAGUACUUCUACCCGCUGGACCUGCGCACGUCGGGCAAGGACCUGAUCCCCAACCACCUGACCUUCUUCCUGUACGUGCACCUGGCCAUCUUCCCGCCCGAGUACUGGCCGCGCAGCAUCCGCGCCAACGGCCACCUGAUGCUCAACGGCGAGAAGAUGAGCAAGAGCACGGGCAACUUCAUGACGCUGCACGACAUGACGGCCAAGUACGGCGCCGACGCGGCGCGGAUCGCGCUGGCGGACGCGGGCGACGGCGUCAACGACGCCAACUUUGAGGAGGACGUGGCGGACAACAACAUCCUGCGCCUGUUCACCCUGCGCGAGUGGUUCGAGGAGAUGAAGCGCAGCGAGGCCGAGCUGCGCCAGGGCGCCGACACGCUCAACAGCUUCCAGGACGCCCUGUUCAGCAACGAGAUGAACGCGCUGGGCCGCGAGGCCACGGACCAGUACGUGGCGACCAACUACAAGCUGGCGCUCAAGGCGUCGCUGUACGAGCUGACGACGGCGCGCGACUUCUACCGCGAGUCGUGCGCGGCGGCGGGCAUCAAGAUGCACCGCGAUCUGGUGUUCCGGUUCAUGGAGCUGCAGGCGCUGCUGAUGUCGGUCAUCACGCCGCACUGGUCCGAGCACGUGUGGCUGGAGAUCCUGGGCCACCAGGGCAGCGUGCGACGGGCGCUGUUCCCGGCGGUGGGGGCGGUGGACCCGAUGCUGUCGGCCAAGCGCGACUACGUGCGCAACACGGCGUCCAACGUCAACUCGGCCGAGGGGCAGCAGCUGAAGAAGAAGGCCAAGGGCAAGGAGACGUCGUUCGACCCCAAGAAGGCCAAGAAGCUGACGGUCUACAUGACGGACAAGUUCCCGGAGUGGCAGGCCAAGUACAUCUCGCUGCUGCGCGAGAUGUGGGACCCGGCCAGGCGGUCCGUCUCGGACGACAAGCAGCUCAACGGACGCAUCGGUAAGAUGGGCGAGAUGAAGAAGGCGAUGCCGUUCGUGCAGGGCCUCAAGAGGCGGCUGCAGGCCGGCGAGCCGGUCGAGGUGGUGCUCGAGCAGAAGCUCGCCUUCGACGAGAAGGAGACGCUCCUCCAGAUGGUUCCCGGGCUCAAGCGCACGUCGGGCCUGGUGGCGUGCGACGUGCUCGCGGUGGAGGAGGGCGGUAAGAAGGGUGUCGACCUGGCUACGGGGAAGGAGGUGGAUAUCACGGUGCCCAUAGCCGAGGGCGCUCAGCCUGGAUGGCCUACGUUUUUCUUUGAGAAUGUAGCUGAGUAA